AUGGCUUUGAUGUUGACAAGCGAAGAGGAAAGCUUUGNGUUUGAUGAAAUUAAUAAUGAAUCCAAAUCAAGUGGAAUAUUUAAUACGUUAACAAAUAUGGUUGGAAACAUGUUUAUUGCGGAUGACAACGGCAUCUCAAAAAGCAAUCUGAAGACUAAUAAUUCUGUUUUGUUAGCCUUUUAUGAAGCGGUUCAUCUGAAUAGGAAUUUCAUUACACUUCUUACGACUUCCCCAACAGACGUUUACACCAUUCCCUGUGAAAAUCCUGACCCAACCAACGAAAUAAAUAAGGAUACUCUGGAAUCGAUGCAGAGCCCGCCCUCCAAUCUUUUGGUCGCUUUCCUAGAAUUCUCUUCCAUUGUAAUGCUUUACACAAAAGACGAAGCGAUACUACAGACAUCGCGUCUGUGUUUCAUAAUCCUGACCUGUAUUACGGAGGACCAGUGCGCCAAUGCCAUCAUGCAUGACAUGAAUUUGCCGUUUACUGUGCAAUUGCAUCGUAUGCCAAUGAGGCACCGGAAAGUGUGCGCUCAGAGCAAGCUUUCGCGACCCCUUUCCUACUCUGUGAUGGACUUAAUGGUGGAAUUCAUAUUAACUCACACGCGAAAGAAUCUGUUACUCGAUCUGUAUCUGCUGUGCAUUGGAGUCAUCCAUCGAUUACUGUGUUAUCAGAAGAAAUGCAAAAUAAGAGUCGAUUACGUGUGGAAGGACUUGUGGUCCGCUUUAAUAGUUUUAAUGAAAUUCAUUUUAACCAAUGAGACGGAACUCCUGAAAAGGUGUAACAUAUUUACAUUGGCUCUAAAUGUGGUGAAUAUAUUCAAUCUGUUCAUCACAUUUGGCGAUACAUUCCUGCCAUCGCCUCAAUCUUACGAUGAACUCUAUUAUGAGAUAAUUCGUAUGCAUUCAGUCUUCGAGCAGCUCUACUCUAUGACGCUCCGGUAUGUGUCAAACGAGAAGGCAGAGCACAAAGAGUCGGCGACAAAGCUUUCCUCUUCGCUUGUCAACAUCAAAGCCAUUAUAAAUCACUUCAACGCCAAAAUCGAGACCUACUCUUCCACACAUCAGAUCCCAUCGCUUACUGAAGAACAAGUGCUGGAAAUAGUUCGCAACAAUUACGACACAUUGACUCUUAAACUUCAGGAUAAUUUGGAUCAAUUCGAUCGAUACGAUCCGGAAACACAAUGCGAAUCCAAGUUUUUCACUGAAUUACUCCGUUUUGUUAUUAAUGACUACAGAAAGUCGUCUGACAUUACUCUAAGUGCCGAAGAACAGCACCAUUUGGUACAAGACUUGCAAAUGCACUCAAAUCUAUGUAAUGAUAUACAUGUCGAUAACGGCGACCACGGAUCUAAUCAUUGA